AUGGCCUCCUUGGAGCAUGGCCUUGCAGGCCUGCUUGAGAUGCCUAAGUCUGAGAUGCGGCUCCGUGGGUUCAUCCUUGACAAGCUGAAAAGAGCACAUCUUGCCAAAGAAGUUCGACUCAGUGCAGUUGGGACGAAGGUGAUGCUUCAUGCACAUGAUUCAAGCAUCUUACAGGAUCAUCGGAAGAUAUCUUCUGUCUGUGGUUUUCCGGCAAGCUUCGAGACAGGAUCCGAUGUUGGCUUGGAUGAGAGCUGGAUGUUUGAGAUGUUUGAGAGAAUGCGCAACUUGCAUCCAGCCGGAGAGGUUCAGGUGGUAAACACAGCAUGGGUGAGAUACAGGUCGGAUGCGCGCUUUCUAGCAUCCAUGCGCAAGCUGCUCGCGGGCUUCCUGGAGGACCAUUGGGAACGCUGGCUGGAAUGGCUCGAGAAGGGCGAGUACACUUGCAAGAUGCCUCAGGUCAAGCUGGAAGCCAACAUGGCUUGUCAUUUUUGGUCCGCAGCUUCUAUGGUGUGUCGACAGUGCUUGGAAUUGCCUGACUGCAUCCUGUGUAGUGGAGAUAGAUUACCCGAGAAGGCUUGCUGCUUAACGCAUGGCAUUCCUAAGUGGCAGCCAUGGACGCAUCCUGAUGGCCUACAGACGCAUUUGGAAGCUCUUGACAAGGACAUGCUCGAACUCGUUGUGUCUCCCGGCAGGCCCCAGUCGAGAACAUGCGAGGAGGUCGUGGAAGAGUGCUUUAAAAGCGGUGAUAUCAAGACAGGCGAAUGGCUGUCAAGGACACUUGAGCUUUCGUUCCGUCUCGCUCGCCAAUACCAGACGCUCCGCGAAACUGAGCAGUCCAUCAACAAAAAGCUGGACGAAGGCUCAAGGCAGGCCGUGCUAGAGACAGUGCUGGUCGCCAGGGCCGCGGCCAAGCACUUGAAGAAGAGUCUUCGGCCAGUACAACUUGCAACAGUGCUCUUGACCUUGCAUGCCUCCUUAACGGGUCAGAGACGGCUGCUUCAGAUGAAGACUGGCGAAGGCAAGACGAUCGCAUGCGCAGCGAUCGCGGCAGCGCUCGCCAAGCGUCGACCGGACGCUGCCGUGCACGUAACAACAUCCAACUCAGAUCUGGCAAAGGAGGCUGUCAAUCAGACGAAGGAGUUUUUCCAGGAGUACCUCGAUGCAAUCCCGAGAACAGCAGACGAUCCGCAGAAUAUUGGAUGGGGACUUCAAGGAACUGGAGUAGUAUAUGGCACCAUCACGGACUUUCAGAGACAGCGUGUGGAUGUCACGGAAGCAGGAGAACAGCUGUGCGAGUUCAACAUUUGGAAUCGCACUGCUUGUUUCCUACUGCUCGACGAAUGCGACCAUGCUCUCAUCGAUUGCGCGACUAGUGUGCUCUUCAUGUCUGGUAACGUGACAGAUUACCUCGCUAUGGAGAAACUGAUAUUUCGGUCUCACAAGCUGAUGAUGAAGCACGCGGAUUUCUCUGACAACAAAGUCACUGACCGGGCCACAGCACAGGCAAGCCGCGACGACUUUGCCCAAGAGGUGCUCAAACCUGACAGGGACAGCAGGGAAUCUGAGUUCGAUUGCAAUCAUCCACACUCCUUGCCGGUAGAUGAUCUUGUGAUGAAGCUAUCUCAGGGUGCAUUGAACACCCGAACCAGAAAAGCCGGUCGCCAUUUCCUCCUCAAGGCCGCUAAGAAGUCUGGAGCUGGUGACCCCUCUCGGCAAGACUUGACGAUACUCAUCGUUGACCUUGCCACUGGCAUAGAGCAGCCCAUGACACGAUGGACGUACGAGGCCCCAUUUGUGGAGAUGCAGCAUGGCAUCCCCAUGAAGGGCAUUCAGCCCCUGUCGUUCUUCAGCUCACUCGUGGCUUUCGUGCAGGCCUAUGGCUGGUUCGGUGGCUUCUCUGGAACUCUGGGCCCCUCGAGCGCCCGCCGUUUCCUACGCGACGUGUAUCAGGCCGACGCCAUCGAAAUCCCGAGGCACAUGCCGAGCAGAUUCUACGAUUUGUCUCCCAUCGUGUAUGGCAAGCAGCCCAAUGCCAAGAAGAAAUGGCUCGACAAAAUCGCGCAGCAGACAGGGGACUUCUUCAACGGCGCGCUGAUGGCACGUUUUGGCCAGCCGGUUGGCUGCCCCGGCUCGGUUCUCAUCAUUGUGGAGAGCAUGCAGGAGGCUGAUGAAGUGUACGACACGCUGAAGAAGGCUCAGCGAACUCAGUCAGGCAUCCAGUACAUCGUGAAGUACUGUAGCGAGGCGGACAAUGAUGUGCUGACCAGUGGGCCCCAUGUUGUCACUGACGGCUCGGGCGACCUGGUUCUGCGGACAGGCACUGUGGUAGUGGCAUCCAACAAAGGCGGGCGAGGCACAGACUUCAAGCUGGAGAAGACAGGAGAAAGGGACGGAGUGCUCUAUGUGAUCACCGGCAGCAUACUUGGCCGGCGCCAGGCGGAGCAAGCUCGAGGACGCGCAGGCCGCAAUGGCAAUGCCGGCCUUGCUCAGGAGAUCCUCCUGGACACCACUGCCUCUGCCAUCGGAGACCUUGCACUUGCAGCCUGGACGGCCGGGAACAAGAAGGUCGAGGAGGAGGAGCACUUUCUGGAGCAGCUUAAGCUCGAGGCGAGCAUCUCCCUGCACGAAGACUUGAAGUUGAUGCAGCCUUUUGCCAGGUAUGCACCCCUGUGGGCAGAAGCCAUGGUCCAGCAACUUGUGCCCCACAAUGCGAAGAACAAGCACCAGCUGAGGGCCCAGAUACUGCCGUCCCUGAAAGCCGUUAUUGGAGAUGCAUGGGCAGCAUGGCGUGAUUCUUCGCACCAGACCCGCUAUCCUGGAUUUCUGCAGUUUCUCAAGGAACGUUUGGGAUCCUGA